AUGGCGAACCAGACCGCCGAUGUGGUAGUGGCCGAGGAUGGCAGCGGCAACUACACCACCGUCACCGCUGCCAUCGCCGUGCCACCCAACAAUGACAAGAGACACGUGAUCCAUAUCAAGCGGGGUGUGUACAAGGAGUUCAUUGUCUUGGGUCAGGAGAAGUGCAACGUCGUCCUCAUCGGCGACGGCAAGGCAGCCACGGUGAUCUCAGGCAGUCGAUGCUGCGCAGACGGCUUCAACACACCAGACACUGCACAAUUCUACCGCGAGUGCACAAACACCGGCACAGUGGACUUCAACUUCGGCGACGCCGUGACCGUGUUCCAGGAUUGCAGCAUCCUCGCGCGGCGGCCAAUCCAGGGGCAGGAGAACACCAUCAGGCGCAGGGGCGAGAUCGUGCCAACAGCAAUGGAGGCUUAUGCUUCCAGGCCUGCACCGUGGCGGGCGACAAGGAUCUUGCUGCUCACGGCAAGAGAACCGUGCAGAGCAGUGGCGGAAUCGGAGAGAAAAUUAAAGUAGAGCAGAUAAAUAUAUUUAUAGUUUAAGAAUUUGACAAUUUCUUCUAAUUUUUCAUUAUCUAAACAAGCAUACACUAGCUAGCCAACUAUAGUAAUAAAUUACGCAAUGACAAUACACACAAGAUGAGAAUCUAGUGCCCAUUGCCGGGCAGCGAGCAGGAACCCAUGAACUCGGUGGUGUUGAGCUGCGCAGUUGCAACCACAGGCCUCGUAGAAUGAUUUGGCAUCCAGUUAUUCUGCAUUGAAACGGAAAAUAUAAUCAUUGAUCCCGUUUCUUAUUUUUCUUCCCCCAUAGGUAGACUACGGUGCCAGUCUUCGCACGCAGAAUUUCACUUCAUCCGGAGAGCCUAGUGCCCAAAUGUUGUGCCUAUGGCCAAGCAGAUUGGCUAGAAAAAGUAGAGAAGCAAAUGAUAACAGAAAGGAGAGCUACGCUUCAGACCGGAGUUCGGACUCAGAACAGGGGCAACGAAGAUACGUGAUGACCAGAGAUGAUUGCCGGCAUACUAGAGUUUAGGAUGGACGAAGAAAUACCUGGAGGAGGAACGUGCGGUCGGUUCGC